AAAUAGUCUCCACCUAAGCUGGGGGGAUGUAACUUUGAAGGAGAGGCGGGAGGGGAGGAGAGGGGUCCAGUUGGAUGGAUGGGAUGCUAUAUAUAAAUGGAGUCUGCUCUCCAAUUCUCUACCACCCACGAUUCCGCUGGCCCUAACUCUCUCUCUCUCUCUCUCUCUCUCUCUCUGAUUCUUCCUUUUUGGAAAGUGAGAAACCAAGCUCAGAAAAUUGACAACAGAAGAAGAAAGGAAGUAGAUCGCGAACGCUAGAAGUAACUAGAAAAAAAAAAGCAGUUUUGAAAUUUCUUUGGACACGUCUGUCCCAGGUAUUCUCACUGAUUAAGAGUUUCUCUGAAAACAGUGCUCUGAUUGGCGACAAACGUUGAUUGAUUCCAUUGGGUCGUUGAAAUUCAUCAUGGUUGCUACUGCUGCUACAUCCGCAUUCUUUCCAGCUGUAUCCCCCACUCCAGACUAUGGUACAAAGACGACGUCCAAGCUUUCGAAUUUAGGAGGGAUGAAGUCGAAAUCUGCUAGGUCUUCAAGUGGCUUGCAGGUCAAGACAAAUGCCCAAGCCCCUCCCAAAAUAAAUGGUACCUCGGUUGGGUUGGCAACACCUGUAGAAGGUGUGAAAAAUGAGUGCGACACAUUGUCACCUGCCCCUAGGACUUUCAUUAACACGUUACCUGAUUGGAGCAUGCUUCUUGCCGCUAUCACCACAAUCUUCUUGGCUGCUGAGAAGCAGUGGAUGAUGCUUGAUUGGAAACCAAGGCGGCCUGACAUGCUCAUUGACCCUUUUGGUCUUGGGAGAAUUGUUCAGGAUGGUUUGGUGUUCCGGCAGAAUUUUUCUAUUAGAUCAUAUGAAAUAGGUGCCGAUCGUACAGCUUCUAUAGAGACAUUGAUGAAUCAUUUGCAGGAAACUGCCCUUAAUCAUGUUAAGAGUGCUGGACUUCUUGGUGAUGGCUUUGGUUCAACGCCAGAGAUGUGCAAAAAGAACCUGAUAUGGGUGGUUACGCGAAUGCAGGUGGUGGUAGAUCGCUAUCCUACUUGGGGUGAUGUUGUUCAAGUAGACACUUGGGUCAGUCCAUCUGGAAAGAAUGGUAUGCGGCGUGAUUGGCUUUUACGCGAUUCUACAUCUGGUGAAACUCUAACGAGAGCCUCCAGUGUUUGGGUGAUGAUGAAUAAACAAACCAGGAGGUUAUCUAAGAUUCCACCAGAAGUACGAGGGGAAAUAGAGCCUUACUUUACGGAUACCCUUCCUGUUGUGGAAGAGGAUAGCAGAAAACUACAAAAGCUGGAUGACAAUACAGCGGACUUUGUCCGUACUGGAUUAAGCCCCAGAUGGAGUGAUUUAGAUGUCAACCAGCAUGUCAACAAUGUGAAGUACAUUGGCUGGAUCCUUGAGAGUGCUCCAUUGCCGAUCUUGGAGAGCUACGAACUUUCUUCCAUGACUUUGGAGUAUAGGAGGGAGUGUGGGAAGGACAGCGUGCUUCAGUCAUUGACUGCCGUCUCCUGCAAUGGCAUUGGUAAUUUGGGAAAUUUAGCCGACAUCGAGUGCCAGCACUUGCUUCAACUUGAGAAUGGAGCAGAGAUUGUGAGGGGUAGAACUGGGUGGAGGUCCAAACAUGCCAGCAACUUUGGGACUCUUGGUGAGGUUCCAGUUGAAAGCACCUAAUACAUGAGUGCCUUGAAGCUGGUAUGGCAAUAGUCUCCACUCUCGGCGCCCAUGGCAUGUUUAGAAUCAUCCUGCACGUGUUCCUUGGAUCUAUUAUUCAUAUAUGUUUCUUUUCCUCCAUAUAAUAUUCCUUCUGUUUUGUCUUCUUUCGUGAAAAAGCAUUCCUAUUGUAAGUAGCUCUUUCUGUACACACAACUCUCUCUCUCUCUCUCAAGGCCUCCCCUUUGCCCGCCUCACCUGGUUGGUAUGGUGGACCCAAAAGGUGCAAUGUCUGCCAUUCUGGCAGUUAACCUUAGCUUUCUGGCAUAUCUGGGCGAUUCAUCUUAUUUAAUAGCAUAACGUGUAUAUUUUUUUUAUACAUUCUUUUUAUUUUUAUUUUUUUUGCUAUUCAGAAAUGGCGAAAUGUCCUCUUAUUGCUGCAUUUAUUGCUGCUGAUGACUUCACUUGUAAUUCCAUUUUGUUUGGAUGCAACAGCUUUGUAAUGUCUGUGACUGGGUUUUCAAUAAGAAAUUGGCAUGAAAUUGGGACA